GUAUACUUCAGCUGAGUUGAGAGGGUGUUGUGUUUUGAGUGACAUGGCUGAACGGGGUGAGUGUGGACCUCCUGGUGACGAACCUCAUCAGGACGAACCUCAGGAAUGCGCCAUUUGCUACACGGAGUACAUAGAUCCUAGGCUGCUGGAGUGCUCGCAUAAAUUCUGUCUGAAAUGCCUCAGAGAACUCUCAGAGACUCCAACCAAAGAGGACGAGAUCAUCGUGUGUCCAAUGUGCCGGGCCAGGACUGUUAUUCCUCAGGGCGGUGUGCAAGCGCUGCCUCAGAGCUCAGAAUAUCAGAUCAAGUGUCAAGCUUGUGAUGAGGCGAACCCUGCCGUCUCAAAAUGCCUGGACUGUGACUACUAUCUGUGCUGUGAAUGCCAGGCGGCACAUCAACGCUUAGCCCAACUGCGAACACAUCGCAUCGCGAAAUUAGACCGAGGAGGGAAGCUGAAAAGCAAGAACAAGUGCGAGCAUCAUCCGGAUCAGGACCUCUGUUUUUACUGCAACACAUGUGAAGACCUCAUCUGCAAGGAAUGCACAUCGACUCGGCACAAGAAAUCCGUACACUCUUUCGACGACCUCAGCCUGGCGAUGACGAAAUGCAAACAGGAAGUCGGCGCGUUGGUCUCUCAAACUGAGAAGAAUAUUCAGGAGUUUCUCUCUGCGAAUCCGUCUCCUGACGAUUCCCGGAAGAGAUUGGAAACGAUGUUAACCAAAACAAGGAUCCAAAUUUCGCUGAAAGCAGAAAAGGAGAUCGCCAAAAUAAGACAGAAAGAAGAACAACUCAGGCAAGAGGCUGAAGAGCUGGUCGCCAAAAGAGACAAGGAGUUUGCAUUUGCAACCACGGCUCGGAAGGUUCUGAGUAAUGUCAGCAAAGUGAUGACGUCAACCAGUAGCCAUGAGGUCCUUUGGGCUAAGAAGAAACUCCUUCGAGAGUUGAAAGCUCACAAGGAAUUGAAAAAAGCUGUCCACAAGCAGUCAUUUCUGGGUUUACAUGCUAGCGAAGUUGACGGUGAGAUUGGGACUCUAGUGCAACAGGAAAAAUGGGAGUGCAAGUCUCGGGUUAACGUUGGUCAGGUGAAUCAUUUCGCAGUGUUUUCAGCAGGCGACGUGGCUACAUCAAACACUUCAGAACUGAAGAUUAUGAAUCUGAAAGGAGAGGUCCUGGCUAAAAAGACUACAAUUCCCUCGACUGCAGGCGAUCCGAACGAAGUACAGAAUCCCACGGCCCUUGCAGUUAACAAUAGUGACGAUGUCGUCGUCUUGGAUAGUCCCCUUGUCAAGACCUUCGAUAAGGAACUGAAGUUGCUUCAUCAUUUCACACCAGGCAAAGAGGCAGACAUUGACGGCACGCCGACCUGUCUUGCAGUGAGUGAUAGCUACAUAGCAAUCGGCUAUAAGGACAAGGAACAGAUAUCUCUACACAACUCAGACGGAUCUCUCAUCAGGAAAGUAGCAGCUCCGAUGAUCGCUGAACACUUGACUACCAACAGCCAGCAACUUAUUUACACGAAUGAAAGCAAGCGCAGGAUGAUAGCUAUUGACCUCAAUGGCAAGCAAAGUUUCAACCUCUGGGGCAAAGAUUGGAUUCCUCGCGGAUUGUGCUGCGAUGUAGGUGGGGAUAUUUACGUCAUAGUGGGCGACUAUGUGCAACAUUACGGACAAACAAAUCCCACAUUAAUUUCAUCGUGGAGCCUUGAAUUCAGUACCUAUCAGGGUUCAGUAGCAACUGACAUAACAUUCUCGCUCCCUGGUUUAAUGCUCGCCGCGUCUGAUAAAGGCUUUAUUCGGUAUAAUUCAGCUGAGUGUUGUUACUUUAGUGACAUGGCUGAACGUGGUGAGUGUGGACCUGCUGCCGACGAACCUCAGGAGAAACCUCAGGAAUGCGCCAUUUGCUACACGGAGUACAUAGAUCCGAGGCUGCUGGAGUGCUCGCAUAAAUUCUGUCUGAAAUGCCUCAAAGAACUCUCAGAGACUCCAACCAAAGAGGACGACAUCAUCGUGUGUCCAAUGUGCCGGGCAAGGACUGUUAUUCCUCAGGGCGGUGUGCAAGCGCUGCCUCAGAGUUCAGAAUAUCAGAUCAAGUGUCAAGCUUGUGACGAGGCGAACACCGCCGUCUCAAAAUGCCUGGACUGUGACUACUAUCUGUGCUGUGAAUGCAAGGAGGCACAUCAACGCUUUGCCCAACUGCGAACACAUCGCAUCGCGAGCUUAGACCGAGGAGGGAAGCUGAAAAGCCAGAACAAGUGCGAGCAUCAUCCAGAUCAGAACCUCUGUUUUUACUGCAACACGUGUGAGCUUCUCAUCUGUAACGAAUGCACCACAACUCGGCAUAACAGAUCGGUACACUCCUACGACGACCUCGGCCUGGCGAUGAAAAAAUGCAAACAGGAAGUCGACGCGUUAGUUUCUCAAACCGAGAAGAAUAUUAAGGAGUUUCUUUCUGCGAACCCGUCUCCAGAUGAUUCUCGGAAGAGACUGAACAUGAGGCUAACCAAAACAAGGAUCCGAAUUUCGCUGAAAGCGGAAAAGGAAAUCGCCAAAAUAAGACAGAAGGAAGAGCAACUGAGACACGAGGCUGAGGAGCUGGUCGCCAAAACAGACAAGGAGUUUACAUUUGCAUCAACGGCUCGGCCGGUCCUGAGCAAUGUCAGCAAAGUGAUGACGUCACCGAGUAGCCCUGAGGUCCUUGGGGCUAAGAAGAAACUCCUUCGCGAGUUGAAAGCUCACAGGGACUUGAAAACAGCUGUCCACAAGCAGUCAUUUCUGGGUUUACAUGCUAGCGAAGUUGACGGUGAGAUUGGGACUCUAGUGCAACAGGAAAAAUGGGAGUGCAAGUCUCGGGUUAACGUUGGUCAGGUGAAUCAUUUCGCAGUGUUUUCAGCAGGCGACGUGGCUACAUCAAACACUUCAGAACUGAAGAUUAUGAAUCUGAAAGGAGAGGUCCUGGCUAAAAAGACUACAAUUCCCUCGACUGCAGGCGAUCCGAACGAAGUACAGAAUCCCACGGCCCUUGCAGUUAACAAUAGUGACGAUCUCGUCGUGUUGGAUAGUCCCCUUGUCAAUACCUUCAAUAAAAAAUUGAAGUUGCUUCAUCAUUUCACACCAGGCAGUGAGGCAGACAUUGACGGCACGCCGACCUGUCUUGCAGUGAGUGAUAGCUACAUAGCAGUCGGCUAUCAGGACAAGGAACAGAUAUCUCUACACAACUCAGACGGAUCCCUCAUCAGGAAAGUAGCAGCUCCGAUGAUCGCUGAACACUUGACCACCAACAGCCAGCAACUUAUUUACAUUGAUGAAAACAAGUGCAACAUGUGA